AUGAAAGGUCGAUUCGCCCCAGCGCGAACGUUAUUCCUACGCCCGGGUUCGAGGGUACUUCCAGCACUCUUUACCGUUGGGAUCGCUCUGAAAGCUAUCAUUCUCUUUCUUGAGGCGCACGGCAAACAGAAGUUGAUUUCCUCCGCCCGAUUUCUGCACGCAGCACCGGAGGAUCUGGCGAAUCUUUACGCGAGGUCGACGGUAUGGUGGAUCAAUAAGCUACUCUUGGCUGGCUAUAAAGACUUGCUCAACACCGACAAGCUGCCCAAUGUUGAGGCUGAUCUCAACUCUGAAGUGGUGUAUGCGUCGUUUGAAGCUGAGUGGAGGAAGCGCUCUGCCACGAAAGGAAGAGUCCUCUGGCGUGUUCUCCUCUCCACCGCGAGAUUGGAUUUGCUCGGCAUUGUAGUGCCUCGACUCUGCCUGAGUGCUUUUAAGCUAUCGCAACCAUUGCUCAUAGCACGGAUUACGACACUGCUCCACCAUGGCAUCGAUACGGACAGCGACACCAACCGUGCACGGGGAUUGAUUGCGGCUACCGCAUGCAUCUACAUUGGAGUAGCCAUCACAAAGGCCAUGUAUCAGCGUGGGCUGCAUCGCCUGCUGACUAGACUACGCAGUGGCCUGAUAGCUGCGCUAUAUGCUAAUGCGAUGCGCAUGGAUUCUUACAGCUUGAGGGAUGGCGCAAUUCUGGCUUUGGUGACUGCUGAUGUCACUCGAAUCUGCACUUCGUUGAAGAACCUGGAUCAACUUUUUGCAGCCCCUAUCGAGAUUGGAGUGGCCAUCUACCUUCUUCAACUCCAAGUCGGAGUCCCCGCCGUUGCUACGGUGGUACUUGUUGUUUCUCUGACUGGAUUUGGCUUGCUAGGGUCUAGGUGGGGGGUGGAAAUGCAAAAGGAAUGGCUUGCCCACGUUUCUGAGCGCGUCAGUUACACAUCAGCUGUACUCGGCCUACCGAAGGCAUUCAAGAUGCUUGGUCUUGAGGAUUACUUCAUCGAGCGAAUCCAGCAUCUGCGCGAGCUAGAGCUUGCUAAGAUGGCUCAGUAUAGGGUCUACGUGGCAUGGAGGAACGUACUGGGCGUGAUUCCUGUCCAAUUUGCGCCACCGCUGACUUUGACGAUAUUGACCUUUGUGAACGGGAGAGAAGCUCUGAAUACCACUUCAGCCUUCACAACUUUGGCCCUGGUCGCCUUGCUCACUUUGCCAACAAUGGAACUCAUGCAUGCAUUCCCACAGUUCCUCACAGCAAUGGCUAGUCUAGACCGCGUGGAGGCUUUCUUGCAUCGGAGAACUCUGUCGCCGCAAACGAAGGCGAAUGUUGAGAAUUCUGACAGCCAGGAAGACAUAUCGUUGAAGGAUCUGAAGCCUUCAAUUCCCCACUCGAGUCUUUCUGAAGCCCCAUACAUUGUACGGUUGCGAAAUGCGUCGGUCGAAGCGGGAGCAGAGGAUAAACCAGUCCUGCGAAACAUAACGUUGAACAUUCGGCAAGGCCAGAUGACUGUGAUCAUCGGACCAGUUGGCUGUGGAAAGUCGACCCUGCUCAAAGCUCUCAUUGGUGACUUGGAUUUAUCUGAAGGCCAUCGCGAUGCAUCUCCCGAGGCGAAAUUCGCUUAUUGCUCUCAAGAACCCUGGCUUCCUAACGAGACUGUCCGGGAUACUAUCGUCCAGCAUACCACGCUUGACAUCCAAUGGUACCACACCGUCGUCAGCGCUUGUGUGCUCGUUCCUGACGUUGAAAGACUCGACAAAGGACAUAUUACUAUGGUUGGGGCAUUGAGUGGCGGCCAACGGCAACGAGUGGCACUCGCUCGAGCUCUUUACUCCGAUAACAGGGUCCUAGUUGUAGACGAUAUAUUCCGGGGACUCGAUGCAAACACCUCACGGCAACUUUUCACAAGAGUCUUCGGUCCGCUUGGUCUGUGUAAAGCCCGUGGUAUUACUGUAGUCAUGGCUACUCACUCGGUACAAUUCCUAUCAGAGGUCGACUUUGUGGUUUCUUGCAUCGAUGGAACGAUCGCCGAGCAAGGGACGUACGAACAACUUCGCAUCAACGCCGGAUAUGUCAGUCAACUUCCGCUCAUUAGCGAAGAGAAGGACACGGAGGACAUCUCAGGGGAAACCACACAUAGCUCACGGGAAAUGACAACUCCAUCAAUGCCAGCGGAGGCAGCCCUAGCGGAACAAGAUCUGGCUCGACGCACUGGAGAUAGAGCAGUCUAUUACUACUACUUGAAAUUCAUCGGACUUUGGCCUUGCCUUUUUGCGGCGGUUGCCGCUGCAACUUGCGCGUUUGGAGAGAAGUUUGCCGACAUCUGGUUCAAAUGGUGGGCAGAAGCGGAGGGCGGUACCACAACCACUCACCAUUCUCUCGGGCAUUAUAUCGGCGUUKCCUUCCUCCUUGCCUUCAUCGCAUGUGCCGCACAGGGCGCUCUGAUCUGGAUCCUGACCGUUGUUGCYGCAUCUUCAAGCUCUGCACGGCUACACAAGCAGCUUUUAAAAGCAGUGAUGAGGGCUACCUACAAGUUCUUCAUCGAAACCGAUCCGGGUGUAACUUUGAACCGGUUUUCGACCGACAUGUCGAUCAUUGAGUCCGAAUUGAUUGUAUCGUUUAUGCAGUUCUGCGACGGUACUGCGCUUUGUAUCGUUGCCGCUGUGCUUAUCUUCAUCGGUUCACGGUACUCACCAGCGGCACUCGUCUUCGCCUUCAUAGCCAUUUAUCUGGUUCAGCGGAUCUAUCUACGGACAUCGCGACAGUUGAGAUUCUUAGAGUUGGAAGCUCUGGCGCCGCUUCUUACUCACUGCAGGGACACAAUCACCCCAGACGGAGUUACGUCCAUCCGCGCCUUCGGCUGGCAACAUUCAUGCUUCCAAGAAUGCAAACGUCUGCUUGAUAGAUCACAACGAUCUUUCUAUUUGAUGCUCAGCAUUCAAAGAUGGCUGAACCUGGUUCUUUCGUUGAUUACAGCAGCAACAGCUACAGUUGUAGUAACAUUGGCCCUCACUAUACCGGCGGCAUCCUCUGCCGGAGCAAUUGGAGUGUCCCUCCUCGGGGUCAUUAGCUUCAGCUCCCAACUGUCAUUUCUCAUCGAAGCCUGGACCAUGUUGGAGACCUCCCUCGGCGCAGUCGCACGGUGUAAGAACUUUGUAGAGACGGUGCCUACAGACGUAGGGAAGGAAACGGUCUCACCACCGAGCUUCUGGCCAACGCAAGGCAUCGUGGAGUUCAAAAAAGUGACUGCUUCGUACAAUGUCGACAAAGAGGUACUGAGGGAUAUAACACUUUCCAUCUCUGCCGGCGAGAAGGUCGGAAUUUGCGGCCGAAGCGGCAGUGGGAAAAGCUCCCUCCUCCUUGCCCUGUUCCGCCUUCUAGACAUCCAAUCUACCGGAAGCAUCGAAAUUGAUGGGAUUGACAUUUCGACUCUGCCACUGCAGGACUUGCGCCAAAGAUUGACGGCUAUCCCGCAGGAGAUUCUCAUAUACCCAGGAAGCAUCUACACCAACCUGGAUCCUUUGGGUCGCAGCUCGAUUGUCCUCGCGAAGAUGGCCCUACAGAAAGUUAGUCUUCAGGAGCUUGCAAAUGGUAGCUUAGACGUCGAGAUGAAUUCCCUGAGCCUGACUCCAGGCCAACUGCAGCUGUUCGCCAUAGCUCGAGCGCUUCUGCGUCCGACAAAAGUGCUUGUUCUCGACGAAAUAAGCAGUUCCACAGACGAUGUAACAGAAGAGUUCAUUAUCCGUUUGGUGAAGGAAGAGUUCAGGGCUAGUACUGUCAUUGCGGUAGCACAUCGUCUGAAGACUAUUGUUGACUUUGACAAAGUUGUUAUUAUUGACCAGGGGUCCAUUGUUGAAGUUGGUCCACCACGAGAUCUGUUGGGUCAAGCAGAUAGUAUAUUUAGGCGUAUGUGGGAGGAGUAG